AUGCCAAGUUGUGUCUUAAGAAAGUAUAAAAACUAUGGUUCGAAGAUAAAUAAGAGUGAAGGAAUUUCAUACCAUACAUUUCCGAGUGAUGAUUUUACAAAACAUAAAUGGGUCAGCAUAGUUCAGGCGGAAAGAAGUGAACAUGACUGGAUGCCUACAAAAAGUAGUACAAUUUGUUCUGCAUAUUUUAAUCAUGAAGACAAAUAUACGACUUCGAAAGGAUACCUGCGUCUAAAAAAACUGCAGUACCUGUGA